UAGUUCAAGCAAAACAAGUUCUAACAUUUGUCGCUGGCUAAUGUGCGCUGAUUAAAUUGACUGUGGUGAUUGCCUUUUUCAGUGAAUUUUUUACAGAGCAACUUAAAACAAAAUGAGUAAUUUAACAAAAUCUGUGCUUCGUUACGGUAACAUUCUGAUUGCCGCCAACUCUUCGAAUGCAUUGAAAAAUGUCUUUGGUAAACGUGACUUCACCCGAACACUUUGGCACUUGUGCAAAAACCCCGAUGCUUCUGGAGCAGCGGGUGUAACCAGUACUGUCCUGAAUGUACACAAGCCUAGCCUGAGCUGCAGCUGCGGUUGCGGAGGUGCCAAACACAUGCACAGCAAAGGUGAACGUGAGCUUGUGGAAUUCCUUACAGAAGAAAUUUUGGCCGAGCGAAAAUCGCAAAAGGUCAAGACAAUACCCACCACUUUGGAUGGAUUUAGCGUGAAGCUUGAGGGCGCCGACGUGGAGUUGACUAAGCAAACUGAAAAGGAGAAAAUCGUCAUUAAUUUCAAUGUCAACCACACCGUAGAUACUGAAGAUGAGCCUGAAUUGAAUCCCAAUGCUGAGAAGGCCGAAAUCGGUGAGAUGCGCAGUAAACCACGUUUUGAAGUAGAUAUCAUUAAGGGCAAUACAACACUCUCAUUCACGUGCUCUUUCUUAGAGGGCACACCACAAGAGGGUGAAUACAAUGAUAUUUUUGGCAUCGAUGAAAUGAGCAUUUUCCAAGGUGAAUGGAAUGAUAAAGUUUAUGCCGUGGCCGGUGAUGUGCUUGAUGGUUACCUUUAUGACUUGCUCAUGAAUCUCCUGGAAGAGAAGGGAAUUAGCAAUGAAUUUGCUGAAAAAUUGUCCGAUUUGGCCACCGGAUUCGAGCACAGUUCAUACAUUGCAUUGUUGGAAAGCCUCUCGAAAUUUACCACCGGCAAGUAAACAUUGCCACCACAACACUAUUUCCUUCAAGGCUUUGUUUGUAGAGCGUUUUCUUAUCAUUUCGUAAAAACCUAAGCGACACAUUUAAUUUACGUUUAAUGUUUAAGGAUUAAUAACAGGCGUAACAAACCAUAUUUAAUUUUUUGGAGACAACGUUUUCGUGUUAUUAUGUAAGCUUUAUCAGAACGAUGGUGCAUGAAUGCCAAUUAUUCAUUGUGGCUUAAAAAGCAUAUUUUAAGUACUGUUGAACUGUCUUACUAUUAUCAAAAUGGUAAAUCAAUAUUUUUAAUACAAAAACAAUGCUAUUAAAAUUGAAUUUGAUUUGGCUGCCAAAUUGGUUAGAUCCAAUAGUA